GAACCCGGAACAAAAAGAGCUUUAGUUUUUCCCCUCAACAUAGUAAGGUCGGUUUACUAAAUCAGUGUACCGCCAUAACUGUUUUCACAUGUGCAAAUCAGGAAGCAACAGAAAAUGACAGGAUUUUUUAAACAUUUUGGCCUGUGUGCCAUACUUUCUUCAGUACAAGUUUCGGGGACAGAUUUCACUAUUUCAAAGGAUAAAGUUGUGAUUGGAAAUACUGGAACAUUAACACUGAGAUGUGAUGUCACUGAAAACAAGGUUAAGACCAUUUACCUUAUUCAGAUACAGCGAGAAACUGUGCCAGGAUCAGGUAUUUUCGAAUCAGUUGUGCAAAUGGAAAACGUUGGUGCAACGUCUGAAACUCCUACAUUAAAAGUUACAAACAACAAAGACUUCGUUGCUGGAGGCAGUCUUGAUAAGACUACACCUGGAAACACAUACCUGACGGUGAGCAUGAAUAUAAGUAAGUUGGUGUGCAACGAUGCCAGGUCUUACAAAUGUGAACUGUCAUAUAAAGAUACUGCCAAUAGUAUACAAUCAGUGGAAAAGAAUGGUACUUUUUCAGCCUAUGUGUACCCUGAAAUAAGGCAAUUAGAAGGGAAGAGGAAUGAUAUUAUAGUACAGGGAUCGUCAUCUACAGAUCAAGCAGCAUUUAAUGUCGGUGAUGAAUUGGAACUCACUUGCACAGCUACUAUUGGAAGCUUACCAGCAACUACAGUCAGAUGGCGAAAGACUUCUGAAAUGGGACAAACAGACGAAUUUACAGGGUAUCAGCCACAAACAGGGUCAUUUGAUGAGGGCACUGCAAUAAGUGACAAUCAGUGUGGUUAUACCCGAGUAGCAACUAUUAGAUACAACACUACAAAGGCUGAUGCAAACAGGGCUAACAACCUAGCAUUUGAGUGCUAUGUUGCUGUUAGUGGCAAUCCAUACGGAACAACUUAUACAACAAAAAAGAAUCCUCGGUUUUAUGCUGAUGUCAUUAGUGGCAUAGAUUUUUCCUUCCGUAACAAAGAAGUUUUGUUAGGGAGUACAGGAAAUCAAACAUUGACAUGUCAAGUUAAUGAAGAUGGUGUUAACCUCAUCUAUAACAUUAUGAUGUUUAGAGAAACAAAUUCAGGAUCAGGUAUGAUGGAACGUUUUGCAGAGAUUAAUGCAAUUAGAUCAAAAAACCCUAUAUUGACUCAGCAAAUACCAGGUUUUGUUGUUGGAGGGGAAUUGGAUCAGGAUAACCCUAGAAAUACCAAACUUGAAGUGUACAUGGAUGUUGAAAAGUUGACUUGCAGUGAUGCAAGGGAAUACCAAUGUCAGUUGACAUAUUCACAAAGAAGUACUAGGUUUUCAAUAACAGUAGAAAGCAAUGCCACUUUUUCAGGUUAUGUGUUCCCUGCAGUAAAGACAUUAGAAGGGAAGAAGAAUGGUUUUAUAGAACAGGGACCGUCAUCCGAUUAUCGAGCAGCAUUUAAUGUUGGUGAUGUAUUGGAACUUACAUGCACAGCUAAUAUUGGAAGUAAACCAGCAACUACAAUCAGUUGGCUAAAGACUUCUAAAAUGUCAACAAGUGGUGAAUUUAUUGAGUUUCAACCACAAACAGGAUCAUUUGAUGAGGGCACUGCAAUAAGUGACAAUCAGUGUGGUUAUACCCGAGUAGCAACUAUAAGAUACAACACUACAAAGGCUGAUGCAAACAGGGCUAACAACCUAGCAUUUGAGUGCUAUGUUUCUGUUAGUGGAAAUCCAUACGGAACAACUUAUACAACACAAAACAAUCCUCGGUUUUAUGUGGAUGUCAGGGACGAGGGAAUAUCUGACGACAAGGGCAUAUCUGACAAUAAAGUGACUAAACGGGAUUUAACAGCAGGAGCAAUAGGUGGUGUGAUUGUUGCUGUGGUCAUUCUAGGAGUCGGCAUUAUUAUUGUCAUUGUACGAAGAAAAUUAACCACAAACGAAGCACCCAGAACUGGAGUACAAACGGAAAAUAGUUCUAGUGGGAACUACCAAAUACAGUCAAGAACUCAACCAGAAAUGGGACAGAAUGAUCAGUCUUCUAUAAUAGGCAUGUAUGAACAUCUACAAAAUACUGUAGAAAUGGAAAAUAAGUAUGUGUAUGAUUCCCUGAAAGCUGACUCCGAAGGCUCAACCGACAGCAAGGCCCAGUAUAAAAAGCUCCAACAGGCAGUUUGUACACCUCCUACUUACACUUCACUUAGAUCAGCAACACUGAAUAAAGACAGUGAGCGGGCAUACGAAAAUUUAUGAAAGGAAAGAUGUACUGGCGUAGGCCAUGUGUUACCGGAGAACGACACCGAUAGAUUUCCACUGCAUCAUUUCCUCGAAUUUAUAUAUACUAUUUAUAUCUACAAAAAAUUGUGUACAGUACGGAAUAUAUUCACUUUGGCAAGUGUUUAAAGACUCUAAGCUUUAACAUGAUUUUUCUCUACAUCUCCUAAGUGUAGCCAUACCACACCAAACUAAAGAAAAAACAAUGGAAAAAUUAGCAUAGUACUAUUGUGAUGCGAAUCUAUUUUUCAAGUUUGUUUUAAAAAAUAAUAUAUGUAAGACUCAGUUGUUGUCUUCAGACACAAUAUAGGUUCAGCUGUUUUGCUAGUAAUUCAAAUGAACCAUCUUUAUGUCCAAUGUAGAGUUCUAUGAACUACAAAAGUGCCUAAAAAGCAGAACAAAUGCAGACAAAUCAGUUAUUUCAGAGUAUCCAUUUCCAUUCUUAUUAAAUUGAAAGCUUUAUAAUUCAAUAAUGGAUCUAUUUGUUAGAAAGUUGUGAUGUGCUCUUACAGAACACAAUUCACAAGAAACAGUAAUUCCUUCAUAAAUACAGGAUCACAUCAAAUAAUUCAUAAAGUUGCAAUUCUGCAUUCUGUGAAAAGAAAAUGUAUGCUAAGAGUUGUAUCCUUUGUUCCCCACAUUAAAGGCUGAACAGCCCAAAGUUUUCUACUAACAAACCAGAGAACUUCAUUUUACAAAUUCAUUUAUUAAUUGGUAGUGUCCAUUAUUUAUUGACACUUGUCUGCAUAUGAAUACUCCUAACUCAAGAAGAUAUUAUUCAUGGAAACCAUCCAUAUGACUUAGGUUACAACAUGGCAAUAAAACUUCCAUUACAGAUUCCUCACGGGCCUUGAAUAAUCACGCACCCAAAAUUAUUGUAUAAAUCAUGUUUUCUCAUAUAUUUCUGUAUAGAAAGGCAUACAUAAUGUAUAUGUUUUAUAUCUUAAUAGUAUACUGUCCUAUCAUAUUGUACAUAAUGAAGAGACAUAAAUAAACUAUUUGAUUUGA